AAGGGAAAAAAACGUCGCCGUUUUACGAGACGAUUCGUCUUCAAGUUUCAGCAAAUUUCUCAGAGCAACGAACCGGAGUUUUUUUUUUCUUCUGUAAUGGCGGAGAUGCUCCAAUCAGUUGAGGUUCUAUAUUGUGGAGUUUGCGGGUUACCCGCUGAGUACUGUGAAUUCGGAUCCGAAUUUGAGAAAUGCAAACCCUGGUUGAUCGAAAAUGCACCCGAUCUCUACCCAGACCUUGUUAAAGAUUCUAAUUUGAAAGAAGCUGAUAAAGUCUCUGAGCAGCUCCAGUCGACGUCAAUCUCGGAAGGUUCUUCUGCAUCUAAGAAAGAAGAAGUCAAGCGCCUUCCUGGUGGAAAGAUAAAAAAGAAAGAUAAACAGGAGAUAAUUAUUGAAAAGGUCACCAGAAACAGACGAAAGAGUAUCACUACCAUCAAGGGCCUUGAAAUCUUUGGUGUUAAACUAAGUGAUGCUUCAAAAAAGCUUGGUAAAAAGUUUGCUACUGGAGCUUCUGUGGUUAAGGGACCAACUGAAAAGGAGCAGAUCGAUGUUCAAGGGGACAUAUCCUAUGACAUUGUGGACUUCAUUACAGAAACCUGGCCAGAUGUUCCAGAAUCUGCAAUAUUCUUCAUAGAAGACGGAAAAAAGGUUCCAGCUGCAUAAACUAGGGAGAUGACAUCCCUGUUCCCAGCAGGGUGUUUCCCAAACAAAUGCUCGUAGCACUGUGUUGGUUGAAAUUUGGAGUGAGAAUAUGUAUCGGCUCUAUAGAUGUGGCUACUAUCGUUCCACCCUCUAUAUAGCAAAUAAUAUAAC